AUGUGUUCUGCUAAAUCUAAUGUUGAUCUAAUCAGCAACUUGAGAGCGUCUAAACUUAUUUCAAGUGAUGCAGUUGUAGCCGCUAUGAAGAAAGUUGAUAGAGCCAACUACGUCAGGAUCAAAUCGGCUGCUUAUGAAGAUAGUCCACAGUCUAUUGGAUACUCAGCUACAAUUAGUGCACCACAUAUGCAUGCGCACGCUACAGAGAAUCUCCUCGAUUAUUUGAAACCGGGUUCGAAAGUAUUGGAUGUCGGUUCUGGCAGUGGAUAUUCUUGCGCUGUAUUCCAUCAUCUAGUUGGACCUACUGGUAAAGUUGUCGGUGUUGACCACAUAGACAAACUCGUAGAAUUGAGCGAGUAUAACUUGAAAAAUGAUGGAUUAGGUGAUAUGCUUGAUAGUGGGGCUAUAAAAAUGGUUACAGGUGACGGUAGACAGGGUUAUGCAGAUUCUGGACCGUAUGAUGCUAUACAUGUUGGCGCUGCAGCACCAUCUAUGCCAACCGCACUCGUACAACAGCUCGCCCAACCAGGUCGUAUGUUCGUCCCUGUGGAGAAGAAAUCUGGAAAUGGCCAGUCGAUCUGGCAGGUCGAUAAAGAUGAUAAUGGUGCGUUACAUUACGAAGAACUCAUUUCGGUGAUGUACGUGCCAUUGACAGACAGGAAGCAACAGAUUGAUUUUUAAUUUUCUAAACACUUUAUGAUUUAAUAGUGAUUUCAUU